AUGGAUCAGAGUUGUUUGCUGUUGCUGUAUUUGUUACUCUCACUACAGAACUGUCUUUCAGUUCCCAUAUCACGUUUCUAUUCAUUUGCAGGAUCUUCAGGAGAUCAAACUUUUACUAAUGUUGAUGAUCAAGCUACAUUUAUAAAUCUAUCACAUGACUUUAUUUUUUAUGGAUACAAUUUUAGCACAGUGUUUAUAAACAACAACGGUCUCCUUUCAUUUCAUCAGGCAGUUAAUGGAUACACUUCUGAUUCAUUUCCUUUACCUCAAACACUCAUUGCUCCUUUCUGGGCUGAUGUAGACACACGCAAUGGAGCUGGAACAGUGUAUUACAGAGAAACUACUGCUAGUGCCAUUGUCAGCAAAGUGGCACAAGAUGUGCAACUUGCUUUUCCAGGGCAGCCUUCAUUUACAGCUAAAUCCAUUGUAAUAGUGACAUGGUACCAAGUUGGAUACUAUGAAGAGAAUAACGACAAA